AUGACUAAGGAUCAGAUGGUGGUGGAACUUGCCUUCAAGACAAAAGUUUUCCUUUGGAGUGGAGUUGUUCUUGGUUCACUGGCAGUAGGCAUCCUUGGCUAUGCUGCAGUCCAGCAACAAAAUGCUGCCGCUAACAAUGAGGCCGACUCUCAGAUUGUAGCAGAGGAUGAGGAAACUGGAGAUGUUCAAGCUGGAGAGUUGUGUGUGAUCUGCCUAGUGAGGAGAAGGCGGUCUGCAUUCAUUCCAUGUGGGCAUCUGGUGUGUUGCCAACGCUGUGCUCAAUCAGUUGAAUGUGAGGAAGCACCAACGUGUCCUGUGUGUAGGCAGACUAUCCAGAAUUCGGUAAGGAUUUAUGAUUCUUGAGGAACAGAAAAAUUACAAUUUCCUUGAGUAGUUGUUUGCGGUCAAGGUGUUCACAUGUUUGGUAAAGCAGUAGAAAACAUGUAUGGUCUUCAACAGUUAUAGAUGAAGCAGUAGCAACAGGAAUGCUACGGCUCCUUUGUGUCAAAAGGAGAUGCAACAAAUUUUCUCAGUGAUGUUCGUUGAGAAGUAUUUGACUUGAUUGGAAAAUGAAAUUUGGUGUAUAUAUUAUAUAUUUAUUUUACAUAUUGUCCAGAGUUAU